GUUUGACUCCGACCCUAUGUAACCCAUGGUUGAAUCAGGUUGGAUGUCAGUUUACAUUGGGAUAGUUUGUGUGAAUCAUUUGUUUGUACRAGAAACUUAAAUCAUUAUCCACUUUAAGGCGCCGGUGACUUUUCUUAGGUGUCCAUAUAGUUGCCUGCGAUAUUGCAGCCAGUCAGUCUUCUUGAAUCGUCAAUGCUGUGUCGUGUCCUUAUUGUAGCCUACAGUUGAAUACAGUGGAGURUUCGCAUACGCUCGUGUAGCCUACAGGAUUGUUUGCUUAGUGAGCGUCGUUAGCUCGUGCACGGAACACAUCUUAUUCCCUAGCCUUCGUGUCUUCAUUUUGAACUUCAUCCUUGAAAUGGAGUGUCGUGUGUUAUCUAURCAGAGUCAUGUUGUCAGGGGAUACGUCGGGAAUAAAUCGGCGACAUUUCCAUUGCAGGUGCUUGGGUUCGAAGUGGACUCCAUCAACUCAGUGCAAUUCUCCAAUCACACAGGUUAUGCUCAUUGGAAAGGGCAAGUGCUGACGGCAGAGGAGCUUAACGUUCUCUAUGAGGGUAUCAAACUCAACAACGUCAACCAUUAUGACUACAUCCUCACGGGGUACACCAGGGACACAUCUUUCUUAGAGACAGUGGUGGACAUUGUUCAAGAGCUGAAGAGGUUGAAUCCCAAACUGGUAUAUGUGUGUGAUCCAGUGAUGGGAGACCAAGGCUCUAUGUAUGUCCCUGAGAAUAUACUGCCUGUUUACAGAGACAAAGUCGUAGCAGUGGCUGAUAUCCUCACACCCAACCAGUUUGAGGCAGAGCUGCUGACGGGGAGGACGAUCAGCACAGAAAAAGACGCUCUUGACGUGAUGGAGCUGCUCCAUCAAAUGGGUCCUGAUACGGUGGUCCUCACCAGCACAGACCUGACCUCUCCUCAUGGGGACCAGUUCCUGGUGGCCCUUGGGAGCCAGAAAAUGGUUAGGACAGAUGGGAGCAAGUUCACCCAGAAGAUUCGRAUUGAGAUGCCCAAGGUGGAUGCAGUGUUUGUGGGCACGGGGGACCUGUUCACUGCCAUGCUGCUGGCCUGGAACCACCACCACCCCAAUGACCUYAAGUCUGCCUGUGAGAAGACGGUCUCAGUCCUGCACCAUGUUAUCAAGAGGACCAUCACCUAUGCCAACGAGAUGGCCGGCCCUGGUAAGAGACCCAACCCUGCUCAGUUGGAGCUGAGGAUGGUCCAGAGCAAAAAAGACAUUGAGGACCCGGACAUCGUAGUGGAGGCCACCAUCUUAUAACACCCAACGCCUCAUAAAUAAACGUAUAGGACUUUUACAUCA